UCUAACGCGUCUUUCAUUGUAGAGAGAGAAACAGAGAUAGCUUGGAUCUGAAUCCAGCCGCUUCUCCGUAAAAAAAAAAAAAAAAAAACCAAACCUAAGUUCUUGUUCUCCUUAGAUCAAACUAACAUCAAAUUCCGAGAAUUUUCUCGUAUCUUGAUUCGAUUCGAUUAGGGUUUGAUUAAUUUGCUACGAGGGUUCGAUUCAAACCACAUUCGUUUCAAGAUCGGCAGUGUCUGUUGUUGAUUUACGAUGUCUCGGUGUUUUCCGUACCCUCCGCCAGGGUACGAGAAGAUUGGGAAUCCCCACGAGGCACUGAUCGAAUCAAUUAAGCUCCAGAUAGGAGAGAAGUCCAAAAAAGAAAGAAAAGAUAAAAAGCGGGAGAGAAAAGAGGAGAAGAAAAAGCAAAAAAUUGGAGAAACUGAAAAGAACAAGCAUGGUCAUAAAAAGAGGCACAAAAAGGAGGGGAGCCAUGAUGGUAAAAAAGGACGAGAGCAUCAAAAGAUGAUGAGAAAUGAAAAGGAGCAGUUUGAGAAGAGCACCCUUACUGAAGAACAUGGACAUCCAUUUGGUUCUCAGAAUCUUAGUGACUCUUCUGAUAGCACCCUGAACAGCAAUAGACGGCAGGAGCACGGCUUGCCCUCUGAUGGCAGGCACAACCCUGGAAGUGUUAUCAGGAUUCGUUUUCAAAAGAACAAAGAUCAAGAAGUGCUACCAAACAAAGAACUUCCCUGCUCAGCAGCUUUGGGAAGUUCUGAUGGUUUUGUUCAAGAGAUGAAUGAACCUGCUCCUGGACCUAGUGCAAAAGGGAGGGAUCAUCUCUUUUCUACAAUUAGCACCCAAGAUGCCUCUUUCAAAUUAAGCAAAGGGGAACCAAGAUGCUUCUCUGAAGUUCUCUCUCAGAGGGCUGAAACUGCUCCUACAUCCUGCCCGUGUGUCCAUAGAGGUUCUUCUUCUCUGUUGAAGUUGAGAGAUUUGAUCGAGAACUGGGUUCCUCCGCUUUUACAAAGUGAGCGCCCAAACCUUGAUGAUCAUGAGUGGUUGUAUUCAACAAAGCAGGAUCACAAUUUUGGGGCUAGAAGAUUUAAAGCCAGUGGUGAUGGCUUGAGUUACCAGUGUUCAACUCCUUGGCCUCGUGUCUGCUACCUGCCGGAGGCUGAUAUACAUGCAUUACCUUUUGUGCUUCCGUACUAAAAGUUUCCUGAAAAAGAAGAAGUAAGGGGAGCUAUCGGAGCCACGGUAGUGUUAUAAUUAAAUUUUUUAUGGUGCUAGAAGUGUGAAGAGGUUUUGCCUGCAUUUCUGCUGUUCCCUCUCUUUCAUGCGUUUUGACUUUUGAGGCAACUUUGCCUUAAUUUGUUUGGGGCAAUUUUUCAUGGGAAAGUGACCGUUGUAAUGUUUGUAUGGUUUGGAGAGAAAUUCACAUUUAUCAAAUAUAUAAUAGUCGUGUACCAAGGUCCAGUUCUUUUUAUCAAUUAUAAAUAAUAAUUCAAUUUUCAUGA